AUGUUUCGUCUUAACGCCCUUUCUGCAUUGGCAGAACUAGCCUUGGGCUCUCGGUGGUACCAUGGAGCAUCACAGCCCGCCCAGAGCAAACGGAGACUCAUGAUGGUGGCGUUCCUGGGCGCCUCUGCAGUGACUGCCAGUACCGGUCUCUUAUGGAAGAAGGCUCAUGCAGAAUCUCCACCUUGUGUCAACGGCAGAAAGACUGACACUGGUGACAAAGGGAAGACUAAAGAUGACGAGGAAGUCUCUAGCCAUGAAGGAAGGGCUGCGGACUCUGAGGCCGAGCCUUACCCAGAAGAGAAGAAGAAGAAGCGCUCUGGGUUCAGAGACAGAAAAGUGAUGGAAUAUGAGAACAGGAUCCGCGCCUACUCCACACCAGACAAAAUCUUCCGAUACUUUGCCACCUUGAAAGUGAUCAAUGAACCUGGUGAAACGGAAGUGUUUAUGACCCCGCAGGACUUUGUGCGCUCCAUCACACCCAAUGAAAAGCAACCAGAACACUUGGGCCUGGAUCAGUAUAUCAUAAAGCGCUUUGAUGGAAAGAAAAUUGCCCAGGAACGCGAAAAGUUUGCUGAUGAAGGCAGUAUCUUCUACACCCUUGGAGAGUGUGGGCUCAUCUCCUUCUCCGACUACAUUUUCCUUACAACUGUUCUUUCCACUCCUCAGAGGAAUUUUGAAAUUGCUUUCAAGAUGUUUGACUUGAAUGGAGACGGAGAAGUAGACAUGGAGGAGUUCGAGCAGGUUCAGAGCAUCAUUCGCUCCCAAACCAGCAUGGGCAUGCGUCACCGAGAUCGUCCCACCACCGGGAACACCCUCAAGUCUGGCUUGUGUUCAGCCCUCACGACCUACUUUUUUGGAGCUGAUCUCAAAGGGAAACUGACCAUCAAGAACUUCCUGGAAUUCCAGCGUAAACUUCAGCAUGACGUUCUGAAGCUGGAGUUUGAACGCCAUGACCCAAUAGACGGGAGAAUCACUGAGAGGCAGUUUGGUGGCAUGCUGCUGGCCUACAGCGGAGUGCAAUCCAAGAAGCUGACCGCCAUGCAGAGACAGCUGAAGAAGCACUUCAAAGAUGGGAAGGGCCUGACUUUCCAGGAGGUGGAGAACUUCUUCACUUUCUUGAAGAACAUUAAUGACGUGGACACUGCCCUGAGCUUUUACCACAUGGCCGGAGCAUCUCUCGAUAAAGUGACCAUGCAGCAGGUGGCCAGGACAGUGGCCAAAGUGGAGCUCUCAGACCACGUGUGCGACGUAGUGUUUGCCCUCUUUGACUGCGACGGCAACGGGGAGCUGAGCAAUAAGGAGUUCGUCUCCAUCAUGAAGCAGCGGCUGAUGAGAGGCCUGGAGAAGCCCAAGGACAUGGGCUUCACCCGGCUCAUGCAAGCCAUGUGGAAAUGUGCCCAAGAAACUGCCUGGGACUUUGCUCUGCCCAAAUAG